GUUUUCACAGUCUCGCCAGGUUUGCUGUUUGAAAUAUGAGGUGCAGAAGAAAAAGGCACAAAAAUCAAAGCAAACAUUAUCCUUUAUGGUAAAAGGAUCCUAUGAAAAACAUCACGAGUGUGGCCUUGGGUCUGAUUUUGGCCUCAGUCCUGCAUGUCAGUCUUCAUUCCAUUAUGUGAAAUAUAAGCAGCCAACACUGGAUGUUAAACUACCAAAGGAGGAUCUGGACUACACCUUUGGCCCAUGUACCUAUAAUAGAGAAGACGGAUCCCUGCAAACACAGAUCAAUUUGCUUCCUACAGAGAAGAAGAUAAUGCUAGCAGAGAAUAAUGAAUUUUCCGUACAUGUGAAGACAGAGGACUGUCAGAAUGUCCUAGAUGUGCGUUUGGGGUAUGACUUAUGCCCACAGGAGCAAGAUUUCCUUGGCAAAAGAAAGAAGAUUGUGGCUACAGCACUGAAAAAAGUUCUUGGGCUAGAAAGGGACCUGCAGGACCAUGAGAUUCCAGUUGUGGCAAUCAUGACAGUAGGAGGAAGUACAAGAUCAUUGACGUCGUUGUAUGGAAGCCUACAAGGCCUUAAGAAGUUAAAUAUCAUAGAUUGUACUACAUAUUUGAGUGGUUUUUCUGGGACAACAUGGACUAUGGUGAAUUUGUACAAAGAUGCUUAUUGGUCACAGAAGGAUCUGGAUGAACAAAUCAACAAAACUAAAAAACAAGUGACCAAAUGCAAGGCAGAUGGCUGGUCCAUAGAACGUCUGAAAUAUUACAGCAGGCAGCUACAUCAACGGAAACAAGAAGGACAAAACACAUCCUUUAUAGAUCUAUGGGGGCUCCUUAUUGAAUAUCUAUUAAAUGAUGGGAAAGACAACCAUAAGCUCUCUGAUCAACAGCAAGCAGUGGAUGCCGGUCAGAAUCCUUUACCCAUCUACACUGCAAUCAAUGUGAAAGAGAAGUACAGUACAAUGGAUUUCAAAGAAUGGGUUGAGUUCACACCCUAUGAAGUUGGUUUACUGAAAUACGGAGCUUUUGUUCGGACUGAAAAUUUUGGAAGUGAGUUCUUUAUGGGUCGCCUGAUGAAGAAACUUCCAGAAUCACGGAUAUGUUACCUGCAAGGCAUGUGGAGUAGUAUAUUUUCCUUGAAUCUCAUGUAUGUGUGGAAUCUAUCCUAUAGUUCAGAGGAUUUUUGGCAUAAGUGGACUCAAGAUCAAAAAGUUGACAUUGAUGAAGAGGAUCAUCUACCUACAAGGGCACAUGAGCUAAAAACCUAUCUACAUACCCCUGCUGGACCCCUCUCCAAUGCUUUUAGAGAUGUGCUCACUGAUCGCCUUUCAGUCGCCCAGUACCACAAUUUUCUCAGAGGCCUACAACUGGAUAACAGCUAUCUCAAGCACAGCAGUUUUCAAAGAUGGAAAGAUACUGUUCUAGAUUCUUCACCUAACCAGCUGACCCAAACUGAAGAAUACUUAUCUCUAGAAGAUACUGGAUUCUUUAUCAGUACUAGUUCAGCACCUCUGCUGAGACCAGAAAGAAAGGUGGAUGUUAUUCUGCAUCUAAAUUACAGUGCGGGAUUACAAACAAGGAACCUGGAGCAGUCAUGCAAAUACUACGCAAAGCAAGGAAUCCCAUUUCCCAAGGUUGCACUAAGUGAAGAGGACAAGAAAAAUCUUAAGGAAUGUUAUUUAUUUGAAGAUGCAGAGAAUACAGAAGCACCCAUAGUAUUAUUUUUUCCACAAAUUAAUGACACGUUUCACUAUUAUAGUUCACCUGGUGUAAAACGCUCUGAAACAGAAAUGGAAGAUGGCAGAGUUGAUCUCUCUAGUAAGUCUUCUCCGUAUUCAACAUAUUCAAUGACAUUUGAACCUGAAGAGUUUGAUCAGCUGGUGAAAUUGAGCGAAUACAAUAUUUUGAAUAACCAACACCUAAUCUUGCAAGGAUUGAGCUCAGCAGUAGAACGGAAAAAGAAUGCAAAAAAUAAUACCGUUUUCUGAGCAUUGUGAUGCAUAAAAUGAGAGUGUGGGAUUUGGGUCAAAUUUCUCUGAUGACUGUUCAUAAGUCUAUUUGAAUUCUUCUUCAGUCUAAACAAUGAGCUGUAACUGAUUAAGCCAAGUCCUUAAUAGCACACUGUGAGAUCAGUUUCUUCUGAAAUUUUAAUAUUUCUAUGAACAAAUGGUUUCAUAUGUCAGACACUUGAAAUCUUGACAUCAGCUAUUCUGAUUUCCCCAUUUUGUUUAUUGCUAUUUCUAGUACUAGCAGGAUUAGUUCAUGGAAAGCAGUGGUCCUCAUAUGAAUCCAGUGAUGUAGGCAGGGCAGUCUGGGAUGUUAAAACAACUCAGGAGCAAGUUUGAUCAAGCCGUCCCUGCAGUGUGGCAAGAGCCAUUCGACUGGUGAUGUACAAGAGAAGAGGUGAACUGUUGUCAUCACUGGUCUGUGUUGAGCGGCCCGUGAACUAUGGCUAACACUGCUGAGACGUGGCUUGGUUUUCUUCCGGCCACAUACUGACUCACAGAGCAGCAGCCCAUCAAAAACUUUCCCAAUGUCUCUGCCUCUAAAUACCCCUGGAGCAAUAGGUAUCUACUGUUGGUUUGCAUCUGUUAUUAUAGGGAAGGAAACCAUGCAGUCUGUCAUGUGCUCUCUAAGAAUUAAUGCUGUGAUUGAAUCAAAUAGUUUUGAAAAUAUCAAAAAGUGACCAAGAGUACAAGGUCACAAAUACAAUAUACCAAGCAUCAGAAAAUUUAGCAAACAUAAAUAGGGAUAAACAGGCACAAUUCCACUCCAAAUGUUGUCUCUGAAGUGAUUAGCCAGAUAACUUGCUGUGCCACCAUGGACACUUGCCAUGGCAGGAAAAUGACAUAAGUAAAGAGGGCAGCACAGGUUGUCAUUCAUUUACCUUGCUAUCUUCUGGAAGUGGCUUUAUUUCUCCCUCAAUAAUAUCACUGGUUUGGUUACUUAGCUGCUUCACCACCACCAGUCCUCUAAGAGGUAUAGGUCACUCUCCACUGCAAAAAAAACUGGACAGUCAAACAACACAGGAAAUUGAACUAUCCCUCUGAAGAAAGUUUUGCAGUGUAUGUCUAGUACUAUAGUUACUUUAUAACAGGCUAAUGAAGGGGAGCUCAUGGGCUAUAUUCACCCCAUAAUAGGUGGUGUUGAAGGGAAGCAAAUACAAACAUGCAGGAAAGCCUAGGUAGUUAAUUCUGGUAAAAGUCGAAAACUCACACUGCUGAAAUUGUUCAGAUUGUGACUUCUGAAGUGGUAGAACUGCAUGUCCAAAGCCACUCUGAGUAGAUUUUUAAUACUAAAUUGCUGACAGCAGCCUGUGCAUUGAAAUAAUUCCUUGACUGUUGCUGUAUAGGUUUGCUGAUUAAUAAUAUAUUAUUUUUAUCAGA